UAAAAAAAAUUCAGUAAUAUCAAGAGCGCUGCAAAAUAGUUGCAGUGAAGUCAUACAGAAUAAUGGCAGUGAACGUUUUUAAGUGAGACCCUGCCAUCACGAUAUAUUGUUUCUCGUAUUUUUUUCACAUGACUAUUAUAUACUGUAUGACGUCAUAAGGAAUUGUGAGGGCGUCAUUUGAGGAGAUUUACAGAAGAUCCAAACCAGGGUUUUGAGGUCAGAGCGGCAAUGGCUGUGCAGCAGUUUUGCCUUCGAUGGAAUAAUCACCAGCCAAAUUUUAUCUCGGUUUUCACACAUCUACUAAGCACGGAAUCUCUGGUGGAUGUGACACUAGCUGCUGAGGGCAAGCAUCUCCAGGCUCACAGAGUAGUUCUCUCUGCUUGUAGCCCAUACUUUCAGAUGCUGUUUACAAUGAAUCCAUGCCAGCACCCAAUUGUUAUUCUGAAAGAUGUUAAAUAUGAUGACUUGAAAAUAAUGGUAGAUUUUAUGUACUAUGGCGAAGUCAACAUCUCGCAUGAACAGUUGCCAGCAAUUUUGAAGACUGCAGAACUAUUGAAAGUCAAAGGCUUGGCAGAGAACUCGGAUCCAGGCUUGACCAAGCAGGCAAGUGGCUCAUCUGACCGUGCAGAGUUGUUGGCACCCGGAGAUUCUGCCUGGGACAGUGCAAGUCGCCGCAGCCCAUCACCUUUAUCAAUUGCAGCCAAGCGGAAAAGGCUGCGAAAGUCGUCUACAGGUUCAGGGUCUGGCUCCACAGAACGGGGUACCUCUGAGGAACUCCUGACUGGUGAAGUGACUUUAGUUCCUUCUCCAGCACUUGUAAAAACUGAAACUUCUGGCUUCCCAGUGGUGCAGUCAAGUGGAGGAGGCAGCACAGACGCAGAUAGUGGUGGCACAGGGCGCAGUGCUGAUAGCUCCCUACGCACUGGAGGGCAGGAACCUAGCACUGACUCGGAGCCACGGAAUGGAUCCCAUGAUAGCACUGAUGAUGAUCCAUUAUCCAUUCAUAUACCACCAGAAAGUGAAGGCAGCAAUCCUAAGGUGGAAUCCAAUGUGUCAGAGUACAGUCAAGGUGAAACUCAAAGCCAGCAGUCUCAUCAAAUGCACAUCUCUCCACAAGGAAAACCACCAUCAGCAAAACGUAAUAGGUGGCUGGUGCGACAGCCGCGUGUCAAGAAAGAGGGUGAUGCAGGUCAGGAGGAAGUUGAGCUUACUGCUCCUGCAGCUUUAUCACCAACCGUGCCCAGCCCUUCACCCCAAGUAACAGAGAUGCAAACCACAGUUGUGACACCAACCACCACUGUCCAGCCUCAGCAUUCACCGCCACAGCAGCUGCUUCUUGCGGUUCCACACCGUGUCGAACGGCAGAGCUCAGAACCUGGGCCUAGUCGCAGUUGCCAGCUUCUGACAGUGCCGCAGACACCAACCUACCUGGUGAAGCAGCAUUCUGACCCACAGAUACAGAGUGUAGUAUCCACUCAUACGCCUCUGCUGACAAUUCAGCGUCAACUCUCGCAGCAGCAUCAGCAGCAACACCACUUGCAGCAGCAUCAACAACAACCA